GCUGCUGAACGUGCCUCUGCUGGACCCUCAGCCUUCAGCUCCUGCAGUGCUGCUGUCACAAGGCAGAUUUUCUCUUCUGUGUCUCGACAAGAGGAGCUUUAACAACAGAACCCUCUUAGCAAUUCUUACUCACCCAGAGGAGUGGCAGGAGGAAGCUGAGCAUUCUGCAGUGUGCUCUGGGGAUGCUUUGUGUGGCAACAGCCUGCGUGAAAUCACGGCUCCUGUGAUGCAUCCAGAGCUGUAGGGGGAAAGAACAGCCCUGAGAGCCUCUCGUGGUUGCCAGGUGUGAAUGACAGAGGAGGUGCCUCCGACCGCGCUCACCGACGUGAACCUGCGUCUGCUGUGCCACGAUGACAUAGAUGCAGUGAAGCAGCUCUGUGGUGACUGGUUCCCAAUAGAGUACCCUGACUCAUGGUACCGAGAUAUCACCUCCAACAAGAAGUUCUUUUCCCUCGCAGCCACGUACAGAGGCUCCAUCGUGGGAAUGAUAGUGGCAGAGAUCAAGAGCAGAACAAAGGUGCAUAAAGAGGAUGGAGACAUCCUAGCUUCCAAUUUUCCUUUGGACACUCAAGUUGCUUACAUACUGAGUCUUGGUGUGGUGAAGGAGUUCAGGAAACACGGGAUUGGUUCGCUCCUGCUUGAAAGUUUAAAAGACCAUAUAUCAACGACUGCCCAGGAUCACUGCAAAGCCAUCUACCUGCACGUCCUCACCACUAACAACACAGCAAUAAACUUCUAUGAGAACAGAGACUUUAAACAGCACCACUACCUGCCCUAUUACUAUUCCAUAAGAGGGGUCCUCAAAGAUGGCUUUACCUAUGUCCUGUACAUCAACGGUGGGCACCCGCCCUGGACGAUCUUAUAUCCUUUGGGUUCAGCCUGGUGUCCAGCGAGGCACACGGAGCAGGCAUCAGCCAUGGCUGGGCCUAAAGAUGGCAAGCCAGCCGAGUGUGACCUGCCUGUGUGUGGGGACUGAUGUCUGCUCAGAUGGGAGCUUAGUUGGACUGAUCUCCCUGCAGCCAGAAGGAAGGCACUGUUAGACAGGUUCAGACCCACUUGUGCCCAGACUUCCCCAGCUCUACUGGGAACAGUGAAGGAUGGCAAAUUGAAUUUGAAGCUGAGGCCAGUUUCUGUGGAUGCUCAUGUUAAACCAGCAUACCAGGCACGCUUUGCCUUGCAUGGUGCAGAUUUGACUGGCACUGUGGCAGAAAAGCACUUGGUAUUGCUUCCUGCCACUGGGCAUCCUGUGACCCUGGCCUGGCUGAGGUCUCAGCAGGCUGCUCUCAAACUGAAUUUGGGAAUUUAUUGGGUCCUGGUAAAGAGACUUGAUCUCUCUCAGAUAUAACUAAUUAUUCCAGAUCUCUCCAGGCAGGUUAGUGUAUUUCAGCCCCUGCAGGAAGUUGCUGUGGAGUGCUGGAAGCUAGCAGCUGCUUUGGUGGGCUAUUUCCCACCCAGGUUGUAGCUGAGCUGGAGUUGUAACAGUAGCUGAUGGUUGGCCUAGAUGAUCUUACAGGUCUUUUUCAACUUUACUGGUGCUGCUAUUCUAUUUCCAAAUCGUCUCGUCUUACGGUGCCAGGUGUACCUGCUUGUGACAGAAAGGAGCAGUCGUGCAGUGCGAGGAGCUGGUCUGUCUAAUGAGCUGAGCAGAGCAGCCCUCGCUGUGUCAGAGGGUCUCUGUGGCAGGUAGCAGUCCAUUGAGAACGUCAGGUCAGCUCUGAAGUCAGAGUAUCACCGUCGCUGUCCUUAACAGAUGGCCACUGACUACCUGCAGCACAUUGGAUCCACGCUGGCCAGCCUGAGCCCGUGUUCCAUCCCCCAGAGGAUAUACAGACAAGCCCAGAGCCUUCUCUGCAGCCUUCUGCCAUGGUCUGGCAUUUCUGCCAAGAGUGGCAUCGAGUACAGCCGCACGAUGUGACCUCAGCGGAUGCACGCAGCACAAAGGGAUCGUUCUUCCUUUCAUCUCCUGAACCAUCUGGCUCUGCACUGAUUCCAGUGAUGAUGGCUCUUGGUCAGUGACCCACCCCCUGCAAAAGACUCCUUAUUCCACAAACUGACCAAGAUUUUGCAGACUUCACCCUGGACGGGCUGGAGCCCUGACUCACCCUGUGGGCUGGAGCCUGUGAGCGCUCCUGGGAGGCCGGGCUGCCAGCGGGCACCGGGCUGAGGGCUUCCAUGUCACCGGUCUGUGAGCAUGUCACACUGUCCCUGCCACUUCCCUCGCCUCUGGAUGGUUUGCUUGGAUGUGAUGGGGAGGGGUUCAGUUGCUGCUUCCACGCCACAGCUGCUGAAAGCAGUGUGAGUGAGGUGCACUGACUGAGUGAGCAGUGAGCACCCUGGGAGGAGUGGAGCUGCAUGGCUGCGUCCUGCCUCGCUAGGGAAUCCAGGCAGGGCAUCUGCCCCAGGUGAGAGUCGGCCCCAGCCCUUCGGAGGAGGGGGGUGUAAAAAGUACCUGAUCCAGGAUGCACCAAGUAGAAGGCAGGGGAUGAAAUUGCUAUUUCAUAGUGAAAUAUAUAUUAUACUGUAUAGAUCUUUCUGCCUCUUUCCAAGCUGGAACAGAGCAGGGGAGGGCCUGGAGCUGUGGGACCACUGUGGUAGGCAGAGCCCUUCCCCUCCCAGCAAGCAUCCUCCUUUGGCACUGGGGCUGCAAGCUUGCAGGAUCUUUAGGGCAGAGUGCUGCAUGCAGAUCACUACAGCUCUUUGUUGCAGAGAAGCCCCCCAGCUGCUUGCUGGGUGCUCCAGGCUGCGUUGCCACGGGGCUGCACUGUCAGCUGCCCUCCCUGCAGCCCCGGGGCUGGGCUCAGGGGCUGUGUUCCCCAGCACCAAGUAGCCAUGCUGCUGGGAGAACCCCGAGGCUCCUGUGUGCUGCAGCUGGGCCGGGUCCCUCCGUGAUCCCUGCCCCUGGAAGCGAGUGCUUUGCUGUUAGGCUGAGAGUCUGCAGCUCCGUCAGCACCAGUGCUGGAGGUGUGGGGAGCACCGUGUCCCCACUGCGUCCUCUGCCCUGGUGAAGGCUUCCCAUACUCGGCGCUGUGCUCCUCCUUCCACUCUUGUGCCCCUCUUGGAAGUGAGGCUUAAGUGAAGGGCAGUGUAAGCUGUGCAGGUUCUGGUGUGCAGGGCCAGCUCUGCUGGUGGGUGAGGGCAGGGAGUGGGGAUGAGCCAUAGUCUGGGUCAGGUUUAUACCUAGAAGGAGCAAACGGGGUAAGAGCUUGCAGCCCUGAUACCAUACAAAGUCAUUUCAGUGUUUGUAAGCCCCUAAGAUGAGAAUUAAACAAUAAAAGGGUGUGGAGGAGA